GCUCUGCGACGUCUAGAUAAUUUUCUUUCUUUCCCACGUGUGUCUUUUCCCCUCUUAUCUUAAAGUUCUAUUUAUUUACUUUUCUAAAUAAUGCGGCCGUUAACGGAUGAAGAGACGAAAGUAAUGUUUGAAAAGCUCUCCAAGUACAUCGGAGAGAACAUUAAGCUUCUUGUGGAUAGACCGGAUGGGACGUACUGCUUCAGACUGCACCACGAUCGCGUGUACUACAUCAGUGAAAAGAUACUGAAGUUGGCCACGAAUAUCUCCCGGGGCAAGCUGGUGUCCGUCGGUACGUGUUUCGGGAAGUUCACAAAGACUCAGACGUUUCGGUUGCACAUCACGGCUCUGGAUUUUCUCGCUCCUUACGCCAAGUAUAAAGUGUGGGUGAAGCCUGGAGCUGAGCAGUCGUUCCUCUACGGCAACCACAUCAUGAAGUCCGGCUUGGGCAGGAUUACAGAAAACACGAAUAAAUACCAAGGAAUUGUGGUUUACUCGAUGGCAGACGUACCACUGGGUUUCGGAGUGGCAGCGAAAUCCACACAGGAAUGCCGCAAAGUGGAUCCCAUGGCCAUUGUGGCGUUGCACCAAGCUGAUGUUGGAGAGUACAUCAGAAACGAGGACACGCUCACCUAACACACUCCUACAUCUCAGACUGGACUGUCUGGGGUUUUUUUUUUUUUUUUUAAUAUAUGGACAUCGUGUCUUUUCAGUCGUUUGUUAACGAUGGUUUGAUUUUUCCGAAAGAUCACUGCUGGAGAAAAGCGCAAAGCACCCAAUAAAUACAGUCCCCUCCGAAAGUAUUGGAACAGGAAGGCCAGUCCUGUCGUUUUCUCUGUACACGGAAGACAUUCGGGUUUGAGAGUAGAAGACGGAUACGAGACGGCAGCUUUCGUUUCCUCAUAUUUUACGUCUAGACGUGUUUAAAAAUAACUUAAAGCAUGGUGUCUUGGGUGCAACUAAUUUUCAGGUGAGCAAAAGUAUAGGAACAGAUAUGUCUGAAAGUAUAUAACACUUAAUAUUUGGGUGCAUUUCCCGUGUUUGCAAUAAUCGCAUCGAGCAUGAGACUUGUUGACAUUUGACCAAAUUGCUGGGGUUUUUUUGUGAUUCUUUUCCAGGCUUUUACCACAGCCUGUUUGCGUUGUUUGUUGAGGGGGAGGGGGGGGGAUUCUCCUUACAGGGAGAAUGUCUGGUGAUUUAACUUGGCCAGUCUUAAACCUUUCACUUUCCCCCCUUAUAAAGUCAUUUGCUGAGGUGGAAGUGUGUUUUGGAUCGUUGUCUUGCUGCAUGAUGAAGUUCCUACCAAUUAGAUUGGAUGCAUUUCUCUGUAAAUUGUCAAACAAAAUGUUCCUGUCAACUUCUGAAUUCACUCUGCUGCUACCAUCAUGAGUUCUAUCAUCAAUAAAGAUUAGUGAGAAUGUUCCAGAAGCAGCCACGCAAGCCUAAGCCGUGACGCUUCCUCCACCAUGUUUCACAGAUGAGCUUGUAUGUUUUGGACCAUGAACAGAUCCUUUCUCUCAGUCAAUCUGCUAGAGGUUAAUCUUGGUUCCAGAACUUUCAUGGCACGUCUCUGUAUUUCUUCGCGAAUUCCAACACGGCUUUCCGAUUCUUACUGCUGACGAGGGGUUUGCACGGUCUACAGUUCCGCACUCGAACACAUCCAGAUGUAAAUAUGAGGAAACCAAAGCCGAAAUUCUAAUCUAUCGGCUCACGUUCGUCUGUUGGUCCCGAACACAAAUGCCUUCGAUGUAUAGUGAAAAAUCUUUUCGAUUGACCUUGCCGUUCCAAUACUUUCAGAGGGGACUGUUCAUGUACAGGAUCUCAAUUCUGGCAAAAAAAAAAAAAAAUUAUAAUAAUAAAUUCCCCAAAACACACACUCUCUGUAUGUACAAUUUCAGUAAAUGUGAUUGUUUACUCUCUAUAAUGAUAAACAAUAAAUUUGGUUGUUUGUUUAAUAAAGUCAUUGAUUAUAUGCCGUAA